AUGAAGAGAAAGUGGGUUGAGGAUUCUGAGGAAGAAGUAUCAGACUCCGAGACCUUUAGUGAGGGAGAGCCUUUGGAUAAUGAAAUUGAUCAGAUGGUUCAACACCUUGCUAAAAAACUACCGAGGGAGAAGGCUCUAAAUUUACUUCACAGCAUGGCCGCUUCUAAGGACAUUUUGUAUUGGAAUUCACAUGGAGAAAUGACUUUUCAUCAACGAAGAGUUCCAUUAACCAACAUGAUAGAGUUGAUCGAGUAUGCUUUACUGCCUUACAACCUAGAUGUCAGAACACUUGGAGAUAUUGUUGCUGCACAACCGGAAGAUGAAGACACGGAUGAGAGUGAGACUAAAAUUCAGUCAACUGAUGACCAAGAAAACGAAGAAGAGCAGGAGGAAGUAAUUACCGUUGAUGACGAAGAUGGUGAAGAUGAUGACGAGGAUGAUUAUGAGCAGGAGGAGGAGAAUGAAGAGGAAGGAGAAAGUAUGGACGAGGAAUUGGAUUAUGAUGAACAGGAGCAAAACAAGUGUCACGUUUGUCAAGAAUCCCAGCAGUUUUCAAAGAUUUUUAUAGUUCGGUGCCCAACUUGUUAUUGGCACGAAGGUCACUACUGA